GAUCCUAGCAAGUCUUGCCUUCCUGACUCAUAGUGAAACGUGAAGUGUAGUGACCGUAGAGUUUUUACAAUCCUUUUAUAUAAAUCCCAUGAAUAUUGACCACUACGCCUCCACCUGCCAUUGGAUAUUAACCUAUACUACCGAAGCUCUGAAAGAAGCCUGAGGUAGCAGUGAACAGUGAAAGAACAGUAACUGUGAAAGCAGUGACGAUGGCGAGCAAGCAGUACAGUGAAAGAAGUGAUCGAACAAUUCUGUGAUGAACUGAAGGCAGUGAUGCAAUGAAGUCAUUGAUGCAGUGAAGGAAGCAGUGCAAUGAAGGCAGUGGUACACCCAAGGAAACGAUAGAAUGAAAUCACUGCAAAAUUGAAGUCAGUGAGGUGAACAAUGCAGGAAGUGGAACGCUGAAUGCAGUCGGACUUUGAAUGAAGUGUUACAGUGAAGACAGUGGUACACUGAAUGAAGUGUUACAGUGAAGGCAGUGGUACAGUGAAAGCAGUGGGACAGCGAAUAAAGUUGUUGAUGAGAAAAGGGUCUCAGUUGAAUGCAUUGCCCCAAUGAAUGCAAUGAAUGCAGGGAUAAAUUGAAGAAAGUGAAGACAGAGCUUAACAUAAUGAAUGAAAUAAUGCGUACGAUAUUUCGCGGUGAAAGAAACGAUUUGCUUUAAGGCAAAUGAAGGCAGUGGAGAUAGUUAUGUUUUGAAGGAAGUCCCAUGAAUGAAGUAGCUUAGUGAAUGCAAUGUUUCAGAACCAUUGGUGAAAUGAAUUCACUGAAUGUAAUGAAAGAAUUUGUUGAAAGCAGGGAAGGGCAAGGUGAAAACAGAAUUUAAAAAGAAUGCAGCAGUGCUAUAAAAUGAAUGCAGUGGCUUCAUGAAAGAAGGCAAUUGUUCCAUGUAAUGAAUGCAGUGGCUUUGCAAAAUGAUUGCAGCAGUGCCAUACAGUGAAUAUUAUUGUGAAAGAAGCUUCUAUCCCUAAGGAAAAUUAAGUAAGUAGGUAGUAUAACUGUAUAUGACAGGAAUGAAGGCAGUGACAUAAGAAAACAAUGAAAUCAGUGGCACUGUGAAUGAAAUGAAUGAAGGCGAUAAUGUGUUGAAUAACAGGAAUGAAGUCAGUGGCGCUCUGUAAAGAAUUGAAGUCAGAGGCCUCGUAAAUCUGGUAGGGAGAAAGAAGUGAAAAAAGAAUGCAUUGAAGGAAGAGCCAGACUGGAAUUCAGGGGACGUCAGAUGAACAGUGAUGUCAGUGAUACCGUGAAGGCAACAGUGAUAGAAAUGAGAGCAGUUACAGCGUGAAAACAGUAUUGAAAUGGGGCGUAAGAAUCCCCAAGACUUCUAAUCCGCUCUUGACCAAUAGGACAUCAGCAUUGCCAUGACGCCACCGGAUGCUGCGGCUGUUCCACCAAUGAGGACGCUGCAUCUCUCUGCUCUCCUUCUUCUCAUCUCUAUACGCGCAGGCUGUGGUGCAGGCUUCCAGAGGUUCAGAGUGACGCCUGAGAGUGUUGAGGUGAUGGAAGGAGCAGAUGUCUUCCUGAGAUGUGUAGUGGAGAAUCAGCAGGGCAAGGCACAGUGGACCAAGGAUGGCUUCGCUCUAGGUUUCGAGCGUCAGGUACCGGGGUACCCGAGGUACACCUACUCAGGUGACCCGGCGCUAGGGGAGCAUCACCUGGUCAUCAGCGGAAUCACUAUUACUGAGGACGGAGAGUAUCAGUGCCAGGUGGGACCCACCCAGACUAACCCACCCAUCUGGGCUGCUGCCAACGUUACUGUGUUGGUGCCGCCGAAGAGCGUGGAGUUCUCUGGGUGGAGAGACGGGUCGGUGGUGGAGGUGGUGGCUGGUGCCACGCUGACUCUGGAGUGCCUGGUGAAGGACGCUCGCCCGGCACCCAGUGUGUGGUGGUACAGAGAUGGUCUCCAGCUGGACCAAGGGCAGGUGGAGGAGAGAGUGGAGGUGUCGCCCCUGGCUAGACGCUGGAACGUAAGAAGUCGUUUUGUGGUCAGAGCCAAGGCUGAAGACGACGGUAAACUGUACACCUGUGAGGCCGACCAUCCAGCUCUCAGGGGCACUUCAGACCCCCUCCUGGCCUCCAUCACUCUCUCUGUCCUCCACGAGCCAGGAAGGCCGAGCAUCAGUGGCUACAGGACUGGGGAGGUGCUGGUGGCCGGGGAGAGACGAACGUUGGUGUGUCGUGUGUCAGGUGGCAACCCUCGUCCCUGGCUCACCUGGCACCGUCGUGGCCUCCUCCUGGAUGACACCACCACUGCAGAUGCUGCCGGUGUCAUCAACACUCACCAACUAACAGCCACUGCUGCUGAUGACGGUGCUGUCUACGAGUGUCGCGUCAACAGUGACCUGCUACAACAGCCACUUCUAGCCAAUGUCUCCCUCACCGUCUACUACGUACCGUCGUUUGUGACGUUAACGGGACCUACACAGGUGGAGGAAGGAGCACCCAUCUCUCUGACUUGUGAGACAAGCAAGUCCAACCCUCCAGCAUCACUACUGUGGAAGGUACAAGGAGAGACGGUGACGGGGUCACCGGAGACGGUGGUGAGGGUGAGUGCUGGAGGCUGGGUCACCACGUCACAUCUGACUCACUACAGAGUCAGGUCACGCAAGGUCACCGAGGUGGUCGUGGAGUGCCGCGCCAUGAACCCUGCCAUUGAACAGGUGGUCAGCAAGACGCGUAUUAUCUCCGUCACCAAGCCGGCAGGACCGCCCAGGUUAGAGGGAGACCUGGGUGACAGCUACCUGGCGGGUACCACCCUCGACCUGGCUUGUUCCAGCGUAGGAGGUCACCCCCCACCCACCAUCAGGAUAUACAAGGAGGAAGAGGAGGUGGCGACGGAGGUGGUACGGGAGAUGAACGUCACCCGGGGGAGGGCCAAGCUGCGCCUCACUCCGGCUGACAACGGUGCCAAGGUCACAUGUGAGGUCACCACGCUGGGCAGCACCAGUCCGCCUCUCACAGCCUCAGCCAGGCUCUCCGUCCACUUUGCACCGUGGGAAGUGACAGGCUUGGUACUGCCAGCCACAGUGGAGGAGGGAGCAAUAGUGACGCUCUCGUGUGAGUCUUCCACCAGCAUCCCAGCCUCCAACAUCACCUGGACCUCUGACGGCAUCACCAUAGAUAGUGCCACCAUCACUACCACUAAAGCUGCCUUUGGUGGCACUACCACCAGGUCGGAGGUGCAGCUGAGAGCAACGGCGGGGGACAACGGUAAGAAGUUCCUGUGUGAGGCUGACAACGGUCUGGCUCCUCCUGUUCAUACCUCACUUACUCUCCAUGUGCUGCAGGAUGCUAAUCGUCAAUGUGUUUAUCAAGAGAAUGUUUAUUAUCGUCACGAGGAUGUUUAUCAAGAGAAUGUUUAUUAUCGUCACGAGGAUGUUUAUCAAGAGGAUGUUUAUCAAGAGGAUGUUUAUUAUCGUCACGAGGAUGUUUAUUAUCAAGAGGAUGUUUAUCAAGAGGAUGUUUAUUAUCGUCACGAGGAUGUUUAUCAAGAGGAUGUUUAUUAUCAAGAGGAUGUUUAUUAUCGUCACGAGGAUGUUUAUCAUCAAGAGGAUGUUUAUUAUCAAGAGGAUGUUUAUUAUCGUCACGAGGAUGUUUAUCAUCAAGAGGAUGUUUAUUAUCAAGAGGAUGUUUAUUAUCAAGAGGAUGUUUAUUAUCAAGAGGAUGUUUAUUAUCAAGAGGAUGUUUAUCAUCAAGAGGAUGUUUAUUAUCAAGAGGAUGUUUAUUAUCAAGAGGAUGUUUAUCAAGAGGAUGUUUAUUAUCAAGAGGAUGUUUAUUAUCAAGAGGAUGUUUAUUAUCAAGAGGAUGUUAUUAUCAGAGGAUGUUUAUUAUCAAGAGAUGUUUAUUAUCAAGAGGAUGUUUAUUAUCAAGAGGAUGUUUAUUAUCAAGAGGAUGUUUAUUAUCAAGAGGAUGUUUAUCAUCAAGAGGAUGUUUAUUAUCAAGAGGAUGUUUAUCAUCAAGAGGAUGUUUAUUAUCAAGAGGUGUACUGGUGGCGUCGCGGGGAGGAGACUCUCAUGGGCACGGGCCAGGAGCUACAGCUUGGCCCAGUCACCAGGCACAACAGUGGCCACUACUUCGUCAGCGCCUACAGCCAGAGGGGUGCCGUCAACGCUUCCUUCUACCUCAAUGUACAGUACGGGCCGGAGAAGGUGCAAACAGUUGAUCGAGUUACGGUUGAUGACGGAGGCAGAGUAAGCACUCAGUGUUCAGCUACUGGCAAUCCAGUGCCUCACCUCACCUGGAGCAGGGAACCCACCUACAACCACAACAGCUCAGGCACCACUCUGGCUUCGGGCGUGGGCGUUGCACGGCUAAUGAUAGAGUCAGCUUCACGGACUGACACGGGCGUGUACUUGUGUCACGCCCGGAAUAUUGUGGCUUCGGCACCUCCAGCUAGGACCUACGUCGUGGUCUCCCGUAAGGAAAUGACAGCAGCUACGGACGGCCGGGAAAAGCGAGGGUCGUGGGGGCCGUGGGGGCAGUGGGGGGCUGGUGUGGUGCGGGCCCCUCCUCCCCCCCUUGUCUGGAGAUCGGGACUCAUCCUCCUCAACAGUGACAAGUAUACCCCCCAUGAGCCCAAGGGGCUACUGGACGGGUUGGUGUUGUGGUCGUCAGUGCUGGAGGUACGAGAUAUCAUCCCCCGGGACUACACACUCUACCACUGUACAGCCCACAACCCCCUAGGCACCGACUCCGUAGCAGUGACACUCAGCCCGCCCUCACGCCCACACCCGCCCAUUAACUUCACGGUGAGCAAGGUGACGGCAGGUGAGGUGUGGCUCACCUGGUUACCUGGCCUGAAUGGUGGCGCUCCUAGCGGCUACACACUGAAGUACAAAGCAUCCGGUUCACCAGUCUAUCAGUACGUGGAAGUGUCAGGUGGAGGAGCGAGGUCAGCCAGGGUGUCAGGACUAUCAGCAGCAACAGAGUACACAGCAGCCAUCCAGGCCAGCAACGACCACGGCAGAUCACACUUCGUCUCCCUCUCCUUCUUCACUUUACUUGGUAAGUCAUCUCUCUCAUCUUCAGUUUUUCUGAGUCACCAUCUUCCCUGA